GCCGUAUUCGUGCGCUUGAUGAGAGGGUACUUUGCAACAGUGUCGAUUCACGGGAUCCUGUGAGGAAAGAUCACUCGAUCCGCGGUGCUUAGGACAGUCGUUUCAACGCAGGCAAGAUGGGAUUCAAAUUUCUCGAGGUGAUAAAGCCAUUCUGCAGUAUACUGCCGGAAAUAGCGAAGCCGCAACGGAAGAUCCAAUUCAGAGAAAAAGUAUUAUGGACAGCGAUCACAUUAUUUAUCUUCUUAGUAUGUUGUCAGAUUCCAUUGUUCGGUAUCAUGUCUUCAGACAGUGCGGAUCCAUUCUAUUGGAUUCGUGUGAUACUUGCAUCAAACAGAGGAACUCUCAUGGAAUUAGGUAUCUCGCCGAUCGUUACUUCGGGUCUUAUCAUGCAACUGCUUCAUGGUGCAAAAAUUAUUGAGGUCGGCGAUACACCAAAAGAUAGAGCGUUAUUCAACGGAGCACAGAAAUUGUUUGGCAUGGUUAUUACCGUUGGACAAGCUAUUGUUUAUGUAAUGACCGGAAUGUACGGAGAUCCGACUGAAAUUGGAGCUGGUGUCUGUCUUCUGAUUAUCAUCCAAUUGUUCGUUGCUGGACUUAUCGUAUUACUAUUGGAUGAGCUUCUCCAGAAAGGUUACGGAUUGGGAAGUGGAAUAUCUCUCUUUAUUGCCACUAAUAUUUGCGAGACCAUUGUCUGGAAAGCAUUCUCGCCAGCCACAGUUAAUACUGGACGUGGAACGGAAUUUGAAGGCGCUGUAAUCGCGUUAUUCCAUUUGCUGGCCACCAGACAAGACAAAGUCCGAGCCCUUCGAGAAGCGUUCUACAGACAGAAUCUUCCAAAUCUGAUGAAUCUUCUUGCUACUAUUCUAGUUUUUGCUAUCGUUAUUUACUUCCAGGGCUUCCGUGUAGAUCUUCCAAUCAAAUCUGCCAGAUAUCGUGGCCAGUAUAGCAGUUAUCCAAUCAAAUUGUUUUAUACUAGCAACAUUCCGAUUAUUCUGCAGUCGGCUUUGGUGUCCAACUUAUACGUCAUCUCUCAGAUGUUGGCUGUCAAAUUCCAAGGAAAUCUUAUAGUGAAUCUGUUAGGUGUUUGGUCGGACGUUGGUGGCGGAGGGCCUGCUAGAUCGUAUCCAGUUGGCGGAUUGUGUUAUUACUUAUCACCUCCUGAAUCAGUUGGUCAUAUCGUUCAAGAUCCUGUUCACGCUGUGCUCUACAUUCUCUUCAUGCUUGGCUCAUGCGCUUUCUUCUCCAAGACGUGGAUUGAGGUCUCCGGGAGCUCAGCAAAGGACGUUGCUAAACAACUAAGAGAACAGCAGAUGGUAAUGCGAGGCCACAGAGAUAAUUCCAUGAUUCGCGAAUUAAAUCGAUACAUCCCGACCGCCGCGGCAUUCGGUGGACUAUGUAUCGGAGCUCUCUCCGUACUAGCAGAUUUCUUGGGCGCGAUUGGUUCUGGUACCGGUAUUUUGCUUGCUGUCACAAUCAUAUACCAAUAUUUCGAGAUCUUUGUGAAGGAGCAAAGUGAAUUGGGUGGCAUGACUACAUUACUCUUCUAAACUUAAUUCAUCUAUAGACUUGAAAAGUGAACUUUUUUAAUUCUGAAGAACUGAGUAAAAUAAUUUAUUGUAAAGUAAGAGAGUCGGAUUGGCAGCUGUGUGUUUAUGUCGAAGCUCAGAAUGAUAGACAGACACCGGCGCCAAACGAAAGUAUAUAUUGUUGAUUCUCUGCUCAAAAGAUUAUAUUGUCAGUGACAAUUCUGAAAAAAAGUCUAUAUGUGCUUCUUUUACACAGAAUAUAUUAACGUGACCAUUGAUACACAAUAUACUUUCAAAUCUGUUCUAGAAACAAUAUUAUUUUACGUUAAAUUUUUUAUAAGAUUUUUGUUUACCUAAUAUCGAGAAAAAUAACUUACCUUUAUUUUUACAUUAAACGUUAUUUAUUCUACGCUGUGUCAAGUGAUACACGAAGCACCAACUGAUACAAGAGGCAAGAUACAUUGACGGAGCGUAGAGAUUAUGUAAGAACAUAACAUUUAAUGCUCGCAAACACAAGCACGGAAGAUGUCCUACACCAUCGUGCUUGCGUGUAAGAUUCAAUAUCUUUCGUACAACGAGCAGUGUGUACAUAGUAAGAAAGUGAUUAAAUAUUAUCAACAUUUUUUACUAGCGUUUUUGAGCUCUGUGAUUUGACGUAGACAGAGCCAUGUGAAGACUCAAUGGCGUAUAAGUAAAAUCGUGACAUAUUUAUAUAUAUGAAUUGAAUCGAUUUUGCAUACAAUUAUAUGAAAUAAUCAUUUCAGUUAGGACGAGACACCCACCUAGGGUAUUCGUGCAGCAAUUUGAACAGCGUUCGUUCAUCUUAUGUACCAUCCAUUCCUAUAUUGAUAAUAAUACGAAGUAAAUAUUAAUUAUAUUUGUUUCUUACAUAUGUAUUUA